AUGGCGAUAGCCACAGGAUCGGAUGUUGAUCGGAUUGAUUCUGGAGGGUAUCAGAGCUCAGCGGGCGGCUUUGGCCCACUCCUGUUCGUCCCUGACGAUCGAGCUCCUGAAUAUAUGGAUCCAGCCACAAUCAUAGGUGUCACUGGCGCCAUCGUGGGAAUUGUUGAUGUCAUUGCCAAAUCCAUCUCAACCUUGCGCGAUUUACGCGACAGAUGGGUGACAAUCUCUCUAACCGUCUCGAACCUUAUGACGCAAUUAAGCUCUCUAAAAGCUUCGCUCAAUAAGAUUUGCGAAUGGAUAUCGUCUGACUUGAGUGAGGUACCGCAACACCACCAACUGGUGAUCGAUCUAGGAGAGGCAGUAGUUUGCUGUCGCGUGCUCGUCAAUUCUAUGGAUGAACACCUCGAACAGCUGAAAUGGGUGAAUAAAGCCUCUCCCAAGAUAGAGAGCAAGUUACGGACGCUUUCCGAGCAAAAGACGUACCUUGAGCGGCCGGAGCAGCGGUCUGCUUUAGAGAAAGUCCGUGAUGACACAUCAUCAAUGAUUGUUCUUCACGAUGAUGUAUCUUUCGCUGACCGGAGCUCAAUUUCGACGAAACAAUCUUCUAAAUGGUCCAUGACAUUUCCUUUUGAUGAUGAUUUGAUGACUUCGCCUGUCUACCAAAGAGCCAUACGCAGAAUCUUCAGACGUACAACCGAUCGACCACAAUAUUCAUCCAUUCCAAGCAUGAGAUCCUUCUUAUCACUCUUACGAUCUAAGCGCGACGUUGAAACUGCUGUAAUGAUGUCAGACAACAUCGUUGAACGGAUGAGAAUUAACAGACCGGCUCAACCGCAGGAAACAAAAAUCUUGCUAACAGGUAGCUCAAAUGACGUUGUGACAAAAUUGUUCUAUUUGAUACAAGCUAAGGAGCCUUCCGGUCAACUGCAAUUGAGAGAAGCAAUGUUAGGAGUAGUAAUAUCCGCUUUUAGUUUGUUCCAGCUGCAAUUUGCAGGUCACCUGAAUAAGCUCUCCAGUCAAUGUUUGCAACCUUUUGAAAGGCUUUUCGAGCCUGUGUCACAAACUUCAAAUGUCUAUCAGCGGGCGCUGGCUACAUGGGACAUCUGGCGACAGUGGCCGGCAAGCUUUCGCCGAAAUGCUGGACUAGCGCUACAGUCGUGA